AUGCGCGCGGAAAUUGAGACUUUGAAUUCAGGUUACUCCAACAACAUCCCAAAAAUGUCCAAGCUCUUUAUUGGUGGCCUUGCAUGGCAGACAGAUGAGAUUGCGCUUCGCCAGAAGUUUGAGGAAUUCGGCGCCGUUGAGGAGGCUGUCGUCGUAAAGGACCGUGAUACUGGUCGUAGCCGUGGUUUCGGCUUCGUUCGCUAUGGAUCCGAUGCCGAUGCCGAGGCUGCCAUUACCGCCAUGAACAACACCGAGUUCGAUGGCCGCACCAUUCGUGUUGACAAGGCUUCCGAGCGUGGCUCUGGAGGCGGCGGUGGUGGCGGUGGAUUUGGAGGUGGACGUGGUGGUGGUGGUUACGGACGCGGAGGCGGUGGAUAUGGUGGCGGCGGUGGAGGCUACGGAGAUAGACAACAGGGCGGAGGAUAUGGCGGACAACAGGGUGGCGGCGGCGGAUAUGGUGGACAAGGUGGUGGAUACUCCGGCGGAGGUGGUUACUCUGGAGGCGGCGGCGGAUAUGGAGGUGGAGAUCAACAACAAGGUGGUGGCCGCUGGUAA